AUGGAGCAACCGGCCAAGAAAAGACGACUCUUGCCCGCGCCCAAAGAGUCUGCCCAGCCUGCGCCUUUCCCCGAAUCGCUUCAGCAACAGCAGGUCCCCGAGGCCCCUCCAGCCGAGCGCCAUGAUUUCGAGUCCUUUGCGAGGCAUCUUCAGGAUGCUGCCAUGCUGAUCCAGCGUCAGACCGAGCGCCCCCCGUAUGAUAGCGUCUCGGUCCUGCUCCUGCGAUGGGAAGAAGACACUUCGGCCGAAGCUGAUCUCACAGCCCUGGAAAACAUCCUCAGAGACCGCUACAACUAUCGAACCGAUCGAUGGACCAUCCCAACGGUGCCCAAUCCCAGCAUCAAGCUCGGCGUGCAGAUGGCCUCGUUCCUCGAGCAUGGUCGCAACAACCACUUGUUGAUCAUCUACUAUGCUGGCUACGGCUAUGUUGCGGACAAUCAGCUCUAUUGGGCUUGCAAUAACCGAGAAGACGCCGCGAAGCUCAAAUGGGACGGCGUUCGAUGCCUGUUCGAGGAUGCGCAGUCUGAUAUUUUGCUUCUGCUCGAUACCUGCACAGUUCGCGACAUACCCAUGAGUGGCAGCCAUGGACUCAAGCAAGCCAUUGCCGCGUGCGGCUCCGAACAGACCGCCCGGGAAACGACGGGGAAAUCCUUCACAUAUCACUUGAUUGAAGCAUUACACAAACUCAGCACAGUUGGGAGGCCGUUCAGCGUGCCGCGAUUGCAUGAAGAGAUUGUGCUGUUGCGGCAACAAGAACAUGCUCAAUCUGCUAAGCUCACAAAUGGCGCAAGCAAAAGUCCAUCCCCGCCACCCCAACUUCCCAUUCUGUUUACUCUCACCCCUGGGAAGGGCCAAAGCCUCAGCCUGGCCCCCUUGCCUCCACGGGCUGUACAGCAAUCGCCGCAUAACGGCGACGCUGAAUCCCAUACAAAGUCAAAAGAGGAUCAGCUGAUCGACCCUGCGUCCGUCACCGAUCUGCGGUUCGACGAGGCAAGAGUGCUUGUGUGCACCACCUUCGUAGGAGACGCCAGUCCAGACAUGUCCUUUUUCAACGGCUGGCUACACAACACUCCUUCUCUGGCUGCCAAGAUCGAAGUAGAGGGCAUGUUCCUUGGACCGCCCACGAUGCUCCUGAUAUCAAUGCCACACUCCAUUUGGAACGUUGUACAGCACGACAAAGUUUGCUGUUUCUUAGGAUACAUCACAUCGCAUAACAUGAUUCACCUGUAUCAGAAAUUGAAGGGAUCAUCAGGCAUCAAAGCGACUGCAAAAGAAGUUGAGGACGGCCGCAUAUUGUUGGAAGCGAGGGAGAUGGCAGUAAGCACACCAGCCAUGCACCGACGCUCUUUAGACAGUAAAGACGCCGCCUAUCACGAGGCACUCAGUCGUCUAGAUACCACGCCGUCAGGGAUCUCAUACGCCACUGCAGCGGCGGCUGCAGCCAUUGAUGGCAAAGAUGAUGUCGAAGAUUCGGCCGAGAUGCAGGAGGCCGCAGAACAACUGAAGGCAUUGAGCCACGUUCGCCAUCUUAGUGACGAGGCACCGCCUGCGGUAGAGAGGCAACAACGGACUACCCUGCCUGAUGGGGUGACGACUGCAAAUCAUGAAGACAGUUCAUCCCACGAGUCUGGCGCCGACGACACGAUGCAUUCGAUAGACAUGAACACUCCCAACUCGAAGCCCAAGCAGAGGAGAUCCCUCCAAAAAGCGACACCGAAGCAAGAGACGAGGUGCACACUUUGCAGCCACGCACCCUUCAAGGACUCCUCAUCACUUCGCAAACACAUCGCUGCAGCGCAUACCAGACCAUUCCCUUGCGCCUUCUCGUUCGCAGGCUGCACUAGUACUUUUGGAUCGAAGAAUGAGUGGAAGCGACAUAUUGCCUCCCAGCAUCUGUGUCUCCAAUACUACCGCUGUUCAUCCUGCCCGCAGAGCACAAUCGAGGGCAAGGGCAACGAGUUCAACCGAAAGGAUUUAUUUACCCAACAUCUCCGCCGCAUGCACGCACCUUUUGCCAUCAAAAAGGCGAUCGCCAAAGGCGACAGUAAGCUUCAAGUUGAGUGGGAGGGCCAUGUCAAAGAGAUGCAAACAACAUGUCUUGUGACACGUCGAUCGCCGCCUCAAAAGUCAGCAUGUCCCAAACCUGACUGUCAAAGCGUCUUCGAAGGUCCUGGUUCAUGGGAUGAGUGGACAGAGCAUGUUGGCAGACACAUGGAGAAGGGCGAGGGCCAGCGGCUUGGGGUUGACCGGUUAUUGGCCAAGUGGGCUCUUGACGAGGGCAUCAUAGAGCGUAAAGAAGACGGCGAGUAUCGUCUUUGCGCUGGCAACGGAGCUGUUGGCGGCGGCGGCGGCACAGUCAGUGGGGGAGACUCAAAGGAUUCCAUCUCGGUAGCAUUCCCAGAGCCGAAACAGGAAGUCGAGGAGGCAGCCGACGCAGGAGACGCCGAUGACAAAAUGGAGGUGGACACGUAG